GAAGACGCCCUCCGCGGUGAAGCCGAGCCCACAGACCACGCCGCCAUGCAUCCCCCUGGGCUCCGUGGAACCCUUUUCCUGCUGCUGCUGUUGCUGCUGCGCGCUGUGCUGGCCGUGCCCCUGGAGAGGGGGCCGCCCCACCAGGAGGAGAGCCCCGCCACCGAGAGCCCGGACACGGGCCUGUACUACCACCGGUACCUCCAGGAAGUCAUCAAUGUGCUGGAGACUGAUGGCCACUUCCGCGAGAAGCUGCAGGCUGCCAAUGCUGAGGACAUCAAG